AUGACGUUCAAGCUUGAGCCGAUCGAAAUAGUAGCGAUUUGUUUUGCUUCAAUCGCUGUUAUACUAAUUCUCAUCUAUGCUUUACAUCGGUUAAUCAAAUUAUAUAAUCGAAAUUCAUCUUCCUCAGCUUCUAUCACACCUAUCCACGACCCUCAUCAACAUAAUCAUAAUGAUCAUAACAACAAUCUGAUACGUGAAAUUCAUCAUAAUCAUAACAAUCCAUACAUGAACUAUCCUUAUACUCCUUCUUCAAAUGAAUCUUCAACUGGGACUGGAGUUGGAUCUGGACCUGGAGGAAAUCGACGUGAAACGCCAACUCCGAUCCAAUCAUCACCUUCAACAGGACAUACAACACUAGUUACACCUUCAACGGCAGGAAGUCAGAGCCAUAAACACAAAUUGAAGAAAAGUGCUUUAUCUCCUUGGUUGAAUAAAGAAGAUCGUUCCCAAAUCAAAUCGGAAAAACACGCUCAAGACCAAAAGGGAAAAGGAAAGGGAAAACCAGACGAAUUAGUGGUAGUUACUUAUGAAGAUGGAUUAAGGAAAUUAGGUAUAAAUCCAUUCGAUAAUAGGACCGAACCUGAUUACGAAUAUGAUCAUGAUGUGAAUACGUCGGCUGGCAAUUAUCAGUAUCAUUACGAGAGCAGAGUGAUGCCAAUAUUGACGACUACAGGAAGAGGCGGAGGAGGAGACGGAGGAGGAAUGGGAGGGAAUGGUAGUCGACCAGAUAUGAUGGAAAGAUCGUCCUCGAGAAGGACGUACGAUACUAUAGCUGGAAGAGGUCAUGGUGCAGGUAGAAGAGGUUAUACCAAUACGAUGGGUACAAUGGGCUCGAAUCUGUUACCUAGUUAUUAUAUCGAGACUCAUGCCGGAGAUGACUGA